CUGGGAAUACUGAAGGAUAAUCUGAGUGGAUUCUGGUGCCUUCAUGAGCCUCAAACUGCAGGAAUAAAAGGACUUUUCCCUCCAGGAGGACUGGGGAGCUUUCAGACAGGUAGAAGGACUCACCUGAGCUGGACAGGUGAGAGGUAGAGACUCAUCUUCCUCUCACUCAGGACGUCUCUCCUUCGUGGUUUCUGUGUAGUUUGGUGUGAAAAAUGGCAGCUCUGUGGAUUCCUGUGCUGUCUCUGCUGCAGCUGAUCCACUACUCUGUCACCUUCAGACUCCAUCCAGGUAAACACACACCUGUCCUGUCUGCUUCUGACACAAGUUUCAGUGAGAGUGUGUUCCUCUGGGUUUGUAGGACAGUGGGUAUGUGUGUGUUGUGUGUGUCUGCAGGAGGUCAAAUGCAGUUGGACGGGCGGUCGGCCUCCUCCUUCCUGUCCAGGUCUCUGCUCUAUAACAGCUGGGACUUUGAGCUGGUGGUGGCUGACAGUCUGGAGAGGGAGUGUAUGGAGGAGAUGUGCAGUUAUGAGGAAGCCAGAGAGGUGUUUGAGGACGACGCGAACACGGUAAACUUCUGCUGUUGAUCUCUGAUUAUAAUAAUAACAGACAUUUUGAACAAGGAAGGAGGUUUAGAGUCAGACUGUCUUCUUUCUGUCCUCUCCAGAUGUUUCACUUCCUUCAAAAAACUUCAAAUAAUUUAUUAAAAUGUUGAUCAGUGACACAGAAACCAUAUGUUUUUUAUUGGCUGUUUAAAGGGAUAUUCUGGCGUAAAAUUAACUUAGGGUCAAACACACAGAUGAAUGUUGCCGACCGCUUACUUCUCUAGUUAUACCAACUUUAGUAACGACCGCAGGAUAGUAAUACAGAGAGCCACACGCUCAACCAAAACGUCACUCUAUAGCCACAAAUAAUGCUCAGAACAGCACCUAACUUCAUCAACAGGACAUAUAGGGUCACAGACAUAGCAUUAGCCACCUCGGUCCAAUCCCUCACGGACUACAGCGGGGUUACGCAGCUCAAGGAAGAACAUUUAUGAUCAUUUCUUCAUGGAAAUACAAUCAAACUGAGACGCUAAGACAGAAGAACUACCGCGUCUGCAGAGCAAAAUGAUUAAUAUGGUGAUUAUUACUUCAAGGAAAUGAUAAAGAAAUGAUCAUAAAUGUUCUUUCUUGAGCUGCGUCACCCCGCUGUAGUCAUGAUGGACUGGUCUGAGGUCUUGCUACAAGCAAAUGACUGCUGGAAGAGAGUAGGUGAGUUGUGUUUAGUCUCUUUGCUAAAGAAAUGAGUCAAAGUUAAAAAGAUGUUUGGUGUCUAGUACUAUGUCUGUGACCCUAUAUGUCCUGUUGAUGAAGUUAGGUGCUGUUCUGAACAUUAUUUGUGGCUAUAGAGUGACGUUUUGGUUGAGCGCGUGGCUCUCUUUAUUGCUACUAAAGUUGGUAUAACUAGAGAAGCAAGCGUUCGGCAACAUUCAUCUCCCGACGGGGUGUCAAACUCAGCGCUUCAGUGUGUUUGACUCUCAAUUAAUUUUACGCCGGACUAUCCCUUUAAUGUUUCUUUUGCUUUUUUUUUUUUAGCUUUCUAAUCAAAUCUCCUAUUUUCCUUUUUUUUUCCAGAAAGUAUUUUGGGAGAAAUAUGUCAACAGUCACGGUAAUGCUUUAAAGUAUUUAAAAUAUUUGUCUCUGGUGUUGAGUUGACUGGUAUCGUUGAACCUGAGUUAAACCCACCUGUCGUGUUCAAGCUUGUUUGAUUCAGAGUUCACCUGAGGUCGUUUUUAAGUCUGAAUUAAAGCCACAUUUUUACUGACAAACGACCUGCUGAGGAGUCAGCUGUUUGAUGACAGUGAUGUUUCUGUGUGUGUGUGUGCGUGUGCGCAGAGAGCACCCCCAGAGUGGACGUGUCAGGGCUGGUGGCGGGGAUCAUGGCGCUGUUAGUGUCUGCGGUCAUCGCCACCGUGGUGGGAAUCUACUGCUAUAAAGCCAAGCAAAAGGGGAGGCAGAGAUCGGCCCAGUGAGUCCACUCAGACACAGACAAACGGACAUACAGGACUUCAUCACAACAUUCAUACACUGAUGAAUCUGCAGUUUAUGGUCCUGAAGUUACAGCUGUAGUGACCUGACCGAUAUUUGAUCAAUGAGGCUGAUGCUUUGGACGGUUGUUUGGAUCAGACUUUUAUUUUGUAGACGUCCAAUUAAUUAUAGAAAACUCUUACCUCUCCAACUGUUUUGUUCUGGAGUUUGCAAUAUUCGAUUAUUAUGAUUCCCUUUAAAUACCAAUAAUCUGAAAAAACACUUUUGGUCGACGCCAUGACUCCGAAAAGUUUCUUUCAGCUAAGGUCUCCCAGAACAAAGUUAUCGUAAAAAAUACAUGAAAUCUGCUACAAAAGUUCACCACCCUGAGGAUGAAUUAUAGAUGUAAACUCUUUCACCUGAUCUUGUCUUAUUUUCACUUCUAUAACUGAUUAAAAACACUCUCUACAACCUCCUCUCUAUAAGUAAUCAUCUACGUGAGCCUUUCCUCACUGAACUGAAAUCUGAUCUUUCAGAGUGUGAAGACAUUUAAGCUGCAAGAAGAGACAACAAACUCCUUGUUUUUCAUACUUCAUUCAUCCCUGAGGGGACACACACACACACACACACACACACAUUACACACAUGCACAGACAGGAUCCUAAUAACUUGCACUAAUGUAGAGAUGUCUGUGUGAGGAUGUUGCUCACAAACAAUCCAAGCAAUUCAGGCUUCAGCGUCUUGCUCUGGAGGUGAACUGGGACCUCUGCUUCAGGACUUGAAUUAGAGACCCCUUUAAUUUCAGAGGAAAACCCCAAAACCAGAACAAAAACUCACUUUCUCAUUAAAUAAUUCAAUUAAACAAGAUGCAGGGGGCUACAAAGAGUCGGGGAUCAAGAGACGGGGAAUUUUUAGGUACAACACGUCAGCAGUUUGAGGAUAUUUCAAAGUCUCCCAUGUUGUGAGUAAUCGUGUGUAACUCCCCUAAAUGUGUUUUUUUUGUUCUGCAGGGUUCCGGUGAGAAUGGCAGCAGAUGGGCGUCCAGCUCCUGAGACUGUGCCGCUGUCUGCCAUCAUCGCCCCCGGUCUGCCCAGCUACAAUGAGGCUCUGCACCACAGUGGGCAGCAUGACGCUCCUCCACCUCCGUACUCAGGGUGAGAGGAGGAUUGGACAGCUUGUGCAGAUUCUAACAAGGCAUUUCCUUGACCCCAAAUUAAUUUAAGAAGGACUAAAAACACGGUCUUAUAGCAGCUGAACUAGAGCUGGUCCAAGCCUGAGUUAGCCCCUUAAAGUAAGCUUUGAUUGAGCCUAACAUCUGGAUCCUAAAUGGUAGAUGAUCGCGAAGAAGGGCCUCAGAAAACCAACCAGCUCACUUCUGUUGUGGCUUUUUUUAUUUGAAUCCUUUUAUUUUUGCAGAUUUUUUUUUUUGCAUUGCCACUUUUUUUGUGUCAUUAACUUCCGUUGUGGUUUCCUUCUUUUUUUGCAUUCUUUUUUAUUUGCAGCAGUGGCGGUUCUCGGCCACCGUAGUCUCUGGACCCACAAAUGCAGGUUAAAACUGAGCCCAUGAAAGUGGAGGAAGAGCUUGUAAUCAUUUAAUAUAGACUGAGACAAAGCAGAGAACUGUUUUUGGCUUGAUUAUAGUAUGUUUGAAAAGACAGAACCAUGGUGGUUUAGAGAUGCAUCAGUGCCCAUGGUAAGGGUAGGUUACACAUCUAUAAAGGCUCCAUUAAUGCAAAACUCAACCUUCAUGUAUUACAUCAGCAGCUCUGAGGUCUUUGAACACCUUAGACCAGGUGUUCCUGAUUACCAAUCAUUGAUUUCACCUGUUGGGGUGAGUCGUCAUGACAACAAACCACCAUCACGCUGAUAUUUGUGUGAUUGUUCAAACUGUAGAUUAUUAUCCGGUGUCCUCUUGUUGUGUGCAGCGUCAUCUCUCAGUGUUGCUGCUCAACCUGAAACAAACAGACUGUGUGGAAAAAUUCUCACAAAGAUCUCUCCGCUCUCUCUCUCUCUCUGACCACAGGGGGGCGCCCUCCGUGAUCGCUGAGCCAGUGGAGAACAACUGAGAGGUCUGCUCAGCCUCCUGGUUCUGUGUGUGAUGGGCUCUGGUGUUGGAGUGAACUUUGAAGGUUACGCGUUGGUUUUUAUUGACUGUAUUUAUGAGUGACACAGAGGG